AUGUCUUAUCCUGAUUUUGUAGAAAGCAACAAUGAAAAUGAAAAAUACUUUCAAUACCUAACGGCUGAGGGAUUCUUAACAGGUACGAAAUUUAACUCACAUACGAGAUCACUCAAGAAGAAUCGCUCCAAUGGCUAUCAAAGGGAUGCAUUGGUCCCUUCUGAGUCUGUUUACCACUUUGAAAUCUACCAACUCAUUGCCCAUCAGUCAAACUUACCCAAUAUUAUAUACCCUGAAAUCACCUCGUCUUCAGAUUAUAAUGCAGACAGAAGAGCUGACAUGUUUAUCAAGUAUAGAAAUUGGUCAGUAGUCUUAGAGUUGGUCGCACAUCAAAAUCCAAAAGGAGUUGAAGCGCAUCUUGACUCUGCACUCGAGUACAAAAAUAGAACAAAUGCUGAUGAAACUUGGGUCCUUAACUUUACCUGUGGCCCCAUAGACACACAAAUCAAAUCAAAGAGCGGUGUUGGGCUCAUUCAUGUCUGUCAUAGUAGAGACUAUUCAGCUGUCAAUGUACAAGUUCAUUACCCCAACCAAGAUAUUCAAAAAACAUACCACGACACUCGUCAAUACCCUGUUAUUAACGUCAAUUUAUCCGGUACUCUCAAUUAA